CUUAGGGCAACAUCUUUGUACAAGCUACUGCGCUUACAAAAAAGUGUAUUGUAUCCGUUCCGGAACUAGACAUUUUUCAAGCGAUCAGUUCGUACAGCUUCAGGAACGCCUCGUACACGGGUAUAAAACUUACGACAGUUCAUCAGCCGAACCAAGUCGUCUUCGGAACUUACUGGUGUGCCUAAACGCCCCGUACUCUGAGCCUGAACGCAACGUUUGGUACCUUUCUACUUCCCAUUUACCAAACAACCGACUAUCUACUACACUGCCACAAUGACUAAGUUCGUCUGUAUCGCCCUGGUGCUGGUUUGCAUCGCCGUCUCCGUUCACGGUCAGUACCGUACGAACGUACAGUGCACCUCGUUCAACGACUGCAUGUGCAAGCUGCCAAAGAUCAUCGGCGCAGUUGCCGGACGUACCGCUACGGCUAACAUCCGCAACCCGGUCAACGGUGAAACGUACGUGCUGGACCUUUCCAAACCAUCGCAGGCCGUCAUCGACUACUGCAACCAGCUGAAACAGGGCCUUAACCCAGCCGUUCCAUUCAAGGCAGUGAAUGGGGCCAAAAUUGCCCAGGUUCAAGCACUUCUGGCCCAACGCAUGGCAUCACUGAGGGGUUAACUGGCGGGUUAACGUGAGCUAACUUUCUGGAAUGGAUCACCGAACACACGAUUGAAGGAAUUGCGCAACUACAUCAGCAAACACCAUUUCACCACUGUUCAUUGCCAGACCAUCGGCUAAAGUUGAAAAUUUCUAAUAAAGGAAUACCAAUGGCAUGGAUUCUUGAUAAAAUAUUA